AUGAAGUACGACGCGGACAUCUCCCCCGGCUGCGUCCCCUCCCUUAGCAAUGCGGUUUACAGUUCCUCCUUAGCCUCGUUUGCGUCGUCCUCGACCGUCUCUGUUUGGUCGGAUGCCUCGUCGCAGACAUCUGAGGAUAGCUCUGUAUCUGCAAACUCAUCUGAUUCUGAGUCUUGUGACUCGUACUGUUUCUCGAAGCAAACCACUGAUAGCGUUCGCUUCCAGCAAACUCAGCAGACUUCCGCCUGUGCUGUGCCUUUGGAACAGCGACAGAACCCUCGCAGGACAUCCGCAAGCUUCGGCUCUCGAAAUGGUGCCCCUCCAUCCUUGGUCCGACAGUCGGAUCGCAAGGUCAACUUUGUUGACAGCCUUGUCGAUUCCUCCACCCAAAUUGUUGAAACAAUCUGGCCUCUGUCCUCGGUGGUUUGCCGUAGUGAGCUGAGAAGCAAAGCUGUGCUCCCACUUCGCACUUUCAUUCAAGAAACCCUGCGUCGCUCUCGCACAAGCUACUCAACUCUCCAGGUCGCUCUGUAUUAUUUGAUUCUCAUUAAACCCCAUGUUCCAACCCAUGACUUCACCAUGGAGCAGCCUGAAGACCGUCACGCCGACCGUGCUCUUCAGUGUGGCCGCCGGAUGUUCUUGGCAGCGCUGAUCUUGGCCUCGAAGUACCUUCAGGACCGAAACUACUCAGCCAGGGCAUGGAGCAAAAUCUCUGGCCUCAACACGCAGGAAAUCAAUCAGAACGAAAUCGCCUUCCUGCUUGCAGUUAACUGGAAGCUCCAUAUUGCGGACGAAGUCUUCCAGAGAUGGACGGAUAUUGUUCUCAAGUACACCCCACCACCUUCGCCUCCUUCACCUGGUGGUAUCUCUCAGGUUGUCUCACGGCAGACUGCGGACUGGAAAUAUAUCAUUCUCGGACUUGUCCCUGAUCUGACCAACAUCGAGGAGCUUCUGCCUUCUCGCCGGGUCAGCUCUAAAUUGAGCGAUUUGUCCCCAGUUUCACCCCGGAGCAUUCUGAACAUGACAUCAGAGAGCCACUCUCAGAGCACAAUUGAUGCCCUCCCUAUUCCUAGGUCCAUCAGCAUCCCUACACCCAUGGAGCCAACGCCCAUUUCUGUAUAUACUUCCGGUCGUUCGGCACCUGGCCUGGGCCUCUUCACAACAACCCGCCUGUCCCAGCAAACCAGCGGAAUUCGAACUCCUGCCGCGAGCUCGACUUUCCCGCUGUCAGGAAAGUGCAGUGCUAUGGGCUUUGCCAUUGGCCAAGCCAACACUGUUAGUGCUUCCCAGUAUCUUGACCGCCACCCCGCGCCCUUGUCGUCGUCUCCUCUGAGCUACUGCCCCGCUCGCCGAUCUUCGCUUGCCAAUUCAAUCUCAACUGCCUCAUCCCCCGACUCAAUGGUUUCCGACACGUCUCGAACCUCACGCUCAUCUUCUAUCUCAUCUGCUUCUUCCCUCGCUAGCGCGACCGCCAACUCUAAGUUGAGCAGUGCUUCGCGAUUCCGAGGUGCCAAGCUUUGCAAGGAGAAGACUGGCCUGAGGUUGACAGUCCCAUCGGUCCCGGAGAGCUACGAUGAGGAGUGUUUCGCGUCUUCUCCUGACUUUUACACCGGCCCGGUGGGAAAGCUUGGAGACUGGUCCGCUGAAACCCCUAUGGCAGGCCGAGACUCGCAGCUUCGUUCGAUGGCACAGGACGCUGCGUCUGAUGCAGCUCGAGCCCUUCAGGAACUCCAUAGCCAUCGCGCUUAUAGCACUACACCAACUGGUUCCAAGCGCUCCAGGCUCUCAUCGAUUGAUGACAGUCUUCACGAGAGCGUUCGUGACCUCCUCAAUGGUCGCUAUGAUUCUGACCCAGCAUGGUCCGACCGUUUGGUUCGUCCUCGUAGCGAUCCAUUCCUCAAGGUACCUAGCUACUCAGAGCUUUCGCGUUCAGCUAAGCGCGUCUGCUGCUCAGCUGAGGCUGCCAGUGGGUACGAGGCCUCUUCUAUCCACCCAGGACUCGGCCUUCGCCGACCUGGUAUGUGGCAUGGAAUCCUUAACUAG